AUGUCAGUACAAAGUUUAUUUGAGAAUAAGUUAGAUAGCCCCGUGCCCGGAUGUUUGGGUGCGGAGAUCGCGGACAGUUUCUUUUUAGAAGAUGAGCAGGCGAUGUUCGAAUUGGAUCCACCACAGCAUCAGGAAACAUGGGAACCUCUGUUUGGUACUGGUGAGGAUGCAAAUGUUGAAAGUAGUACAGGAGUAGGAAGUACUGAAGUUGAAGGUGUAUUACAGGAACUGGCGACGGGUUCGAGCGAUGUCGAUUUCGGUAUCGCUGUCGAUUCGGUGCCAGAGUUUCCGGUUUCUGAGAUCCCCGCACCAGUGUCCGAUUUUGUUUUGCCUACACCCCAACCAGAUCCCAAGCCAAGGAGUAGGGCUUCCCGUGUUUCCAAGGUAGACAAGUUAGGUGUUGUUUCUUACAAUCGUAAGAAUAGGAACGCACCACUGACGCCGGUUUUAUGCGAAAGUGAUGAUCCUGUUGCGAUGAAAAGGGCACGUAAUACCGAGGCCGCAAGGAGAUCUAGAGCUAGGAAAUUAGAAAGAAUGUCUCAACUUGAGGAAAGAGUUGAAGAAUUACUGGCCAAGAAUGAAGAAUUAGAGAAAAGAAAUCGUCAAUUGGAACAGAGACUCGCUCUAUCUGAAACUGGAGCUUGA